AUGUCCAGGCUGGAAACAGCGCGGUGCAGCUGCUCAGCAUCUCCUCCGCCGCAGCGCGUUUACGUCACGCGUAGGAGCGAAACCAGCAGCGCGUGGGUACAGUACAGUGUGUGGUACAACCGCACCGUGGGUACAGUACAGUGUGGUACAACCGCACCGUGGGUACAGUACAGUGUGGUACAACCGCACCGUGGGUACAGUACAGUGUGGUACAACCGCACCGUGGGUACAGUACAGUGUGGUACAACCGCACCGUGGGUACAGUACAGUGUGGUACAGCCGUACCGUGGGUACAGUACAGUGUGGUACAACCGUACCGUGGGUACAGUACAGUGUGUGGUACAACCGCACCGUGGGUACAGUGUGUGGUACAGCCGCACCGUGGGUACUCACAAACCUACACCGCCGUUGGAUUGGAAAUGUGAAGUCUAG